AUGUCUUCCGACGACUCCUACAUGGCUUUCUUGAACAAAGCCAACGCAGAUUCAAGUGGCAGCCAAGCCCCGCAGCAAGGGGCCGGCACCGUCAAAACCGAGACCGUGCACAGCUCCCUGUCAGUCCCAAAGCCGCUACAGUCCGUCGACGCAUACUACAUCUCCGACACAGACGAGCCCUUCGAGCCUGUGGCCUUAAAGUGGGAUGGUGCUGCCAAGGGAUCGUGGCCUAGUGCUGACCAGCUCUCCUCCCUGAUCUCCCCAGAUACCGACCUGUCCCAGUCCAUCUCCAUUCUAUCCCCCUCCUCCUUCGACCCGAACAGCCAGUACUCCGCCGCCCUGGAUGCUGUCCGCGCCGCGGCUAUCGAGAAAGAUUCUGGCGCCGACAAGUCCGCCGUCGAACUGAAGGUCUACCGUGUUGAACAAACUAGUACCAAGAUCGAGUAUUGGGUUCUGGCACUACAUGCGCCUGAGAGCCGUCUUGUUGGUUUGCGCGCUAAGGCUGUUGAGUCUUGA